GUUUUUAAUAAAUAAUACACUUGAAAACACAGAUAUAUAUUUGCUUAAGUUUGAAUAAAUCCAACAUAUCCAAUAUCGAAUGCACAAAUUUGAAUCUUAAAUAAAACGUUGAGAGUAUACGUGGGCGCGGGAAAGUGCUGCCGUUGCAAAUCAGACGGCGCUCAAGAAAAUCAUGGCAGAAAAUGGCGUUCAGUGACUUUUAGCACAUGUCAUUUUUCUCCGGACCAUCCAUAGUUUUUUGGCUUACUCUGAGUAUCAUUCAGGAAACAUUUGUUUAUUAACUGAUUCCAAAAUGGUUUGCUUCCAAGACGAGUCUUCUGUGGAGUGCACAGUAUGUGACACUAUUAUGGAUGGAGGCAAAAAAAAUACCACUAUUACAAUUAAUCCUGAUACACAAGUCUCAACUUUAUUUAACAACAUUGCUUCUGAAUAUGAGUACAACGCGGAGGAUAUAGAGCUUGUAAUACAAAACAGAGAGAGAAACUCAAUUAUACUUAAUAACUUCAAAGACAAGACAAUAAAGGAGGUUGGCGUGAAGUGCCUGUCUACGGAGAACAACGAGAUUUACAUAAACAGCCUGAAAAACAAAAGCAUGUACUACGACUGUCCGAACGAGGACGAGUUGCAUUUGGGCGCGUCCGCGAGCCCGACGACCGGCGACAUGCCGACCAGUUCGUGCGAACCGCCGCCCGUCCUCAUUAACGACUUCUACGGUCAAUCGUCGAAGAGCAACCAUCUGCGUCCUGUCGUCGUCGACACACCCAAUUACGUCGGCCUAGUUAACCAAGCUAUGACCUGCUAUCUGAACAGUCUACUGCAGGCCCUCUACAUGACCCCGGAGUUCCGUAACGCGCUCUACAACUGGGAGUUCGACGGCCAAAAAGAGGAACGCUCCAUUCCAUACCAGCUGCAGAAGUUGUUCCUGAAUCUGCAGACAUCUUCGAAGUCGGCCGUCGAGACCACCGAUCUGACCACCAGUUUUGGGUGGCAGGGUAGCGACGCUUGGCACCAGCAUGACAUCCAGGAAUUGUGUCGCGUUAUGUUUGACGCCCUGGAGCACAAGUUCAAAGAUACCAAGCAGGCGGAUCUCAUCAACAACCUGUAUGAGGGCAAAAUGUUGGAUUAUGUUAAGUGUUUGGAGUGCGGCACCGAGAGCUCACGCGAGGACACCUUCCAGGAUAUACCGUUGCCGGUGAGACCGUUUGGAAGCACGGUGGCUUAUAACAGUGUGGAGGAGGCGUUGAGAGCUUUCGUCCAGCCGGAAACGUUGGACGGCAACAACCAAUAUCAUUGCGAAAAGUGCAACAAGAAGUGCGACGCGCACAAAGGUCUCAAGUUCACUCAGUUCCCAUAUUUACUCACCUUGCAUCUCAAGCGUUUCGAUUUCGACUACAACACAAUGCAUAGGAUCAAAUUGAACGACAAGGUUGUUUUUCCGGAAAUCCUCAAUCUGAAUUCUUUUAUACCAGCAUCAAAGCACGAACACGAGACAAUAGAGGACAGAGAGGCGGUUGUUAAGUGCGACGACUGUAGCACAACGGAUUCGGGAUCAGCAGACGACGAAAGUUGUCAAGGUACGGAUGUCUCAUCUACCGUCAACGGUCCCGACGACAACUGCGCCGACAGCGAUGAAGGUAUUGAUGUUAGCUCUGGCACCAACGUAGACACAGAAGCCAAAGGACCGUACGUAUACGAACUGUUCAGCAUCAUGAUCCAUUCUGGAAGCGCGUCUGGCGGUCACUAUUAUGCCUACAUCAAAGAUUUCGACAAGAACAGAUGGCUGUGUUUCAAUGACCAAAGCGUCAGUGCGAUAACUGAAGAAGACAUAAGAAAAACGUAUGGAGGCGGGCCGCCUAGGGGCUACUACUCGGGCGCUUACAGUUCCAGUACGAAUGCUUACAUGCUGAUGUAUCGGCAAAUAGACAAGGCACGCAAUUGUCGGGCCAUGGAUGUCGAUUCGUUCCCGCCCCACAUCAAGAAACUGUUGGAGCACAUGCGCCAGAAGGAAGAGGAGGAUCGCAUCUCCCGCGAGAAGGAGAACGACAUGGUAAAAUUCAACGUUUUCUGUUUCCAUCCGGAGACGCACAAUAUGGACGAGUUGAAGAUCAGCAUGUACACUGAUUCAACGUUGGCCGAGCUGGCCUAUCACGCACGUUAUAGAUUUAAACUCGGCGAUCUCGUUGCCAACGAUGAUUGCAGAAUUGUCAUUUAUAACAAAAAGAAUGAUAGCAUCCAGUGCAGCUUUGACUCGGACGAUUUACGGUUAUGUGAUAUUAGCACCAAGAUUAACAUGAUGUUCACGGACUGGAUGUUAGAAAUAAAAAAACCAGGCGAGAAAUUCGAAAAGUUCAAAAACGGAGGUAUGAAUAUGAAAGUGUAUCCCGUUAAUUUGGAUACAGAAGAGGUAGAUGAGCCCACGUUCAUUCGUGUUGAUGUGGAUGACACGGUGGCUGACGUAAAGCGCAAACUUUCUUUUCUCCUAAAUGUCGACGCUGAGUACAUAAAGGUCGCGAUGCACCAUCAAAACGAGGACCCAAUAUUCUUAGAUAACAACGAGACCACCGUUCAGUUUGAUAUCAAAAACGACUACAAACUGUUUGUUACCUUUGCUCACGAGGACGAAGACAAGGCUGUGUUGCACGCCAAAAUGCACAGGGUUAUCGAAAAGUUCGGUUGUUUGGUUAGUUUGAAUGUUGUUCUUCCUGAAACGGAUGUCGGCACCUUGGAGUCAUUGUCCAUACCAUCAUUAGACUUGAAUCAAAACCUGGACAAACUGGAGCUCACGAACAGCGAGAGGGGCACAAGUUCGCCGGGUUUGCGCAUCUCACCGCAACCGAGCGGCGGUAUGUGCGACGGUUUCGGCGACCAAAGCAACAGCGAGGACAGCAGCCUGAGCGAUAGCGAUCGCACUCUGGUAGGCGACGCGCCAGGUGAGUGCAUCGGCAUGUUGUCUAGCAGUUCGAAUUCGCCGGCCGACCAGCACAUGGCCUCCCCGUCCGAUCCGGCCGAAGACACGUACAACUACGAGGUGUUCGGCAAUCCGGCCGAGGACAACAAUCAUUCGGAGGAGAUGAAUUGGGACGACGAGGAGACACAGGAUGCCCACAAGUUCGACUCGCAAGAGUUGCUGAAGCCGCAGAACUACUAUUUCAAAGUAACAAGCGUCAUACAUCAGAACGAUGCCAGCGCGAAGGAUUCGACGGUGCGGUGCGUACGAGUGUUGGCCGAUCGUCGCAUGACUAUGGAGCGGCUCAAGAAACACUUGGAGGUGUUCGUACGCGUGCCCGUCGAAUACUUUAAGUUGUACAAGAUGUACGGCAGCAACGAGGAUGAGUGGUCCUCCCUGACCGAUUCGUUGCGCUUGUUGAAGGAAGGAGAGCGUAUCGUUGUCAAAUUGGGUCGUGUGCUCCGCAAGGAUGAGUACAACACCAAGAUUUACCAUUUGAAACUCGACAACGAGCCUAACAACUUCCUGUUCGACCAUAUCAUUGCCAAAGGACAGGUCGUAAGCGCCGUCAAGAAGGAAAUCCUAAUUCAAAUGAAAAAGCAACACAUGCUGGACGUGCCGUAUAAUAAAUGCAGGUUGCGAGACAAGAGCUGGAAAAAGCCAAGGAAGGUGUAUUUGGACCAUCAGAAGUUCGGCGACGACAUAAUCUUGACGAGUAACAUGGAAAUCUAUCUACAGGACCUGCCCGACGUGGAGACCGUCACGUCCGACACACAGGCGGUCGUUUUCAUAAGACGGUGGUACCCGUCCACUCUAACACUCGGCAACCUCACCGAGAUUAAUUUGGAGACGUCGCACGUCAACGAGCUAAGGAAACGUCUGUCGGAGGUGUCCGACAUUCCGCUCGAGCAUGUAGACUUCGCUCACGUCAAAUCAGCCUUCCCUUGUGAUAUGCACAUACUAGAAAUAACCGACGAACUCAACUGGAAUCCAAACGUGACACAUUGGACUCAGUGGCCUCUCAACGCCGACGACGGUAGCGUGUUCUUUUACAGAGACAACAGGGAGACCUUGAAGGAACUCACGCCGGAGGAAAGGAAGGAGAUCAACCACCGGGAGAAUUCGCGAUUGGGCAGGCACAGUACGAAGUCGCCGGGCAGAGAAAGAGCACUGAAAAUUUAUUUAGAUACAUCUCCCUGCAAAUUGGAGGAUAACUGUAUAGACUGACAUGCCAGUAAACCGUUCACUUCAUUGUUUUAUUGUAUAUUAAGUUAACCAUUGAGCCUGCAGGACUUCAUCAAUUUGCAUGUUUUGCGCGAAAGUAUAAAUUUUGAAACUGGAUUUUGUAUAUAUGUAACAUCAACUAAUGUUUCACUUUUGAAAUUUAUGGUUUCUAUUUAGCUUUUGUAAGAAUCAAUAAAGUGAUGACUGCAGGACUAUUAUUAGUAAUUGGGGUAUGUAAAUAGUAGAAUGAGACCUGUCUAUAUGGAUGUUUAUAAAGUGGCCUAUAACACCAUGUGCAAUUUAGUACUCCAAUUUUUUGUCUAUAUUUAUUGCAUUGUUUGUAUGUACUUUUUGUUUAAUGUUGGUACAAAUAAGUUAGAUUUUGUUUCAUUUUUAAUAUUACUUCCUUUGGUAAUAUUAUAACUAUUUAUUACUUUUAAUAUAUUUUUGUCAAUGAAUUAUACGAAGUGUUUGUUUUUGCGUUUUUUAUUAUAAGUACCUACAUUUAGAUUUGUUUGAUUCGAAUUGUUCACAGUGUUCUUUAUUUCUAUCUCAAUGCCUUUGUACGUAUUAAAAAAUACCCUUUAUUCAUUGUUAUCUACUACAGGACAUUCAAUAACUAUCCUACAAAUCAUUUAAUAAAUAAACUCAAUGGCCUAUAUACGGCAUAUUUAUUAAUUUCUGAAUUUGUCAACGCUUUUCAUAUACAGCUACUUUGUAUAGAUAUUUAUUUGUGACUGAUCAAUAAAGCAGUUUAUCUAU